AUGGGAAGCUUGACCAAACAGAAGGGAAUUACUACUAGAGUUAAACCCUUUAAAAGUAAUGAAUGUGGGAAAUCCUUGAGGCAAAGAGGAUACCUUCUGACCCAUCAGAGAACUCAUAUGGUAGAAAAACAGUUUGCAUAUAGUGAAUGUAGGAAAAGCUUCAGCCAAAAAGCAAAUCUCAUUAGAUAUCAGGCAACUCACACAGGAGUAAAACCCUUUGAUUGUAAUGUAUGUGAGAAAGGUUUUAAUUGGAAAGAAAACCUUAUUGUCCAUCAGACAACUCAUACUGGAGUAAAAUUCUUUGAAUGUAAUGAGGGAAAGCCUUUUCAGUUUAGAGAAUGUGGGAAAGCAUUCAGCCAGAAGGCAAACCUGUUUACCCAUCAGAGAACUCAUCCUGGAUUGAAACCUUCUGAAUGCAAUGUAUGUAGAAAAGCCUUUAGCCAGAGGGCACAUUUUGUUACCUAUCAGAGAACACAUACUGGAGAGACACCGUUAUGCAGGGAAUGUGGAAAAGGCUUCAGCCAGAGGACACACCUGGUUACCCAUCAGAGAACUCACACUGGAGUAAAACCCUUUGAAUGUAAUAAAUGUGGGAAAGGCUUCAAUCAAAAGGGAAAUCUUGUUUACCAUCAGAAAACUCAAACUAGAAGAACUCAUAGUAGAGUGAAACCCUUUGCAUGUAAUGAAUGUGGGAUAGGCUUCAGUUGGUGGUCCAAACUCAUAACACAUCAGAGGAGUCAUAUUGGAAUUAAGCCCUUUGAAUGGAAGGAAUAUGGGAAAGACUUCAGGCAGAGAGGUUAUCUUAUUACACAUCAGAGAACUCAUACUGGAGUAAACCCCUAUGAAUGUACUGAAUGUGGGAAAGCCUUCAGUGAGAAGGGACACCUUAUUAUACACCAAAUAACUCACACUGGAGCAAAACCCCUUGCAUGUAAUGAAUGUGGGAAAUCCUUUAGCCACAGGAGAUAUCUCAUUGAUCAUCAUAGAAUCCUUAUUGGAGAGAAGCCUUUUGAAUGUGAUGACUGUGGAAAGUAUUUCAACCAGAGGGGAAACCUUGUUUAUCACCAGGGAAUUCAUACUGGAGAAAAACCUUUUGACUGUAAUGAAUGUGAUAAAUCCUUUAGCACAAAGCAAAUGCUUACCGGACAUCAGAGAACUCAUACUAGAGUUAAACCCUUUUGA